AAUCGGCGGAAGCAAUGAUCGGCGUCGCCGCGAUGUAGCCGGUGAUAUUUUCAGGUUGCACAAAACCGUGUAGACAGUAGCAUUCACAGUAAAAAUAUUGCAUUCGUUGCCGGAUUGUAAUCAUGUCAACGAAACAAGUGACCUGCAGAUAUUUCCUCCAUGGUGUGUGUCGGGAGGGCAGCAGGUGCUUGUUCUCUCAUGAUCUGACCACAAGCAAACCUUCAACCAUCUGUAAAUACUACCAGAGAGGAGUCUGUGCCUAUGGAGACAGAUGCAGAUAUGAUCAUGUCAAACCGUGUGGCCGUGGCGGAGGAGGCGGCGCAGCAGUCGAGCACACGAAUAGAGCGGUGUCAGCGCCGGGACCCGCACCACCAGCAAACACUGCCAAAGCUGUCAAAAAACCACUCGUGCUGAGAGACAAAGCUCUGGGCUCUGACAGCAGAGGACGGCCGUACAGUGGCGAGAGGGCAGAGGACUGCUGGGACUACAGGGACGACCGCGCUCACGCCAAUCCACACACGUACCUGGACGCCAUCCGCUCCGGGCUGGAGAGUUCGGCCACCGCCGGCCCGUAUCCAGACACGAGCCCGCAGCCGCAGCUCUGCCCGUACAUGGCGGCAGGACAGUGUCACUUUGGCGACAGCUGCUCGUAUCUCCACGGCGAUAUGUGUGAAAUAUGUCGGCUGCAGGUUUUGCAUCCGCACGACCCUGAGCAAAGAGCAGCGCAUGAAAAGAUGUGCAUGGCGGCCUUUGAGAUGGACAUGGAGAGGGCGUUUGCGGUGCAGCAGAGUCAGGACAAGCAGUGCAAGAUCUGUCUGGAUGUGGUGUACGAGAAGGCGUCUCCGUCCGAGCGGCGCUUCGGCAUCCUGUCCAGCUGCUGCCACACGUACUGCCUGAGCUGCAUCCGCCAGUGGCGCUGCGUCGAGCAGUUCCAGAACCAGAUCCGAAAGUCUUGUCCCGAGUGCCGUGUGGUGUCGGAGUUUGUCAUUCCCAGCAUGUACUGGGUGGAAGACCAGGAUGAGAAGAAUCGCCUCAUUGAGGAGUUUAAAUCUGGAGUCAGUAAGAAGCCCUGUAAAUACUUUGAUCAGGGAAGAGGAACGUGUCCGUUUGGAGGAAAGUGUUUCUACAUGCAUGCAUACGCUGAUGGGACACGAGCAGAACCCGACAAACCCCGCAAACAGCUCAGCGCAGAGGGGAACGUCCGGUUUCUUAAUUCGGUGCGUCUGUGGGACUUCAUCGAGGAGCGAGAGCAUCGCGGGCUGCCGCAGUACGAGGACGAGGUCAAUGAACUUGGCGAACUCUUCAUGCAGCUGUCAGGAGCCGGAGACGAGAGCGGCACGUCAGCAUCCCAUUGAUCACAUGACACUCCUCCGUCUCACCUUAGGUAUUGGGUGAAACGUCUGGCCAAUAAAAUGUAUUGAGAGCGUUUCCCAAGACGACCUUCUACAAGUGGUGCGUUUGUGUGCUACAGCAUAUACUACAUCUGUAUGAGUAUGAAACUAUAUAAAGCACCUGUAUCGUAUCUGUAGGCUGCUAUAUUCUCCUGACCUGCAUUGGGAUUUUGCCGGAUUUUUUUAACGUAAGGCCCAAAGAUGAAUGUAAAAAAAUGGGAACUAAAAAUCUCUCUCUGGCACAUUUUCAUAUGCACUCAAGUAGUGUAUGAAGUAUAAUGCAGAAAUACUGUUAAGUGUAAAAAUAAAAAAUAAAAAAAGUGAAAUAAAUAGUAAUUGUUGCACUUAGUUCAGAUAACAUAUAUUCAUAACUUUAUUACUUUUGGGCAUCAUGCAAUAUUACUGUGGUUAAAAAAAGUAUCCAUUCAUUCUGUCACUAGUGAAUGGACCUAUUGAUAUUUUUAGGAUAUAUUUACUUCAUUUUGAAUUCAGCUGAUAUCAUAGUACUGAAUUUCACUCGUCUGGUUUACUCUCGAAUCUGAUAUGGGUUAUUAUAUUCAUUUUCUGAACUGUAUUGUUGAGUGACACUAGAACGAGUGUAAUAAAGCGUUUCGUGAGCGAG